UUACGUGUUUUUAAAUAGUAUGGAACUUUAAUAGAAAAGAUUUUUUGGUUUUAGUAGUAAAUUAAUAUCGAUUUUUAUAUUUUUUCAUUAUUUAUGGAAUAUACUGCAAGUAAUAUCAAUUUUAUUUAAAUUGUUCAAUUGUACUGUAAAAUAUUGUGCAUUUUUAUAGUGUAAAAUGAAAAUUGAAAUCUCAGCGCCCGGCAAAACUGUAUUGCAUGGCGAACAUGCUGUAGUAUAUGGAAAAGCUGCUGUUGCAGUUAGCAUCAGUCUUCGAACAUAUCUGAUACUGGAUUCUCAUGAUGAAGACAAAGUACUUCUUACCCUAAAAAACUUGAAUGUGCAGAAGGAAUGGGACUUGAAUGACCUUAAUAAUUUCUCGCAUUUUAAUGCAGGUGGUGAUAUCAUGCAAGCUGAUGAAGAAAGUAUAAAACAUAUUACCGAUGCUUUUGAAUUAAAUUCGUCAACAACUGAAAAUGAAUCCGAGAAGCUGGCUAUCAUCACAUUUUUAUUUCUGUGUAUUCACAUAUCUAAAUGCUACAAUGCUGGGUCUUUUGCACCAUGUGUAGUGCAUGUAGAUUCAGAGCUUACUGUUGGAUCUGGUAUGGGAUCUUCUGCUUCAUUUUCAGUUUGCCUGGCAACUGCUUUACUGAUUUCAUGUGGAAGAAUAACUCCACGCCUUUUACCUGAAGACAAAGAGCUUAUAAACAAGUGGGCAUUUCAGGCUGAAAAAAUAUUCCAUGGCAAACCAUCGGGAAUUGACAAUUCUAUUUGCACUUAUGGUGGUGCAUUGCUUUUUGAAAAUGGACUUGUUGCUGAUACAUUACCUGAGAUGCAAAACAUUAAUGUGCUUUUAGUGAAUACAAGAGUGUCUCGUAAUACGAAAGCUUUAGUAGCUGCUGUCAAGCAGAAAAAAGAAGUAUUUCCAUCUAUUAUUGACCCAGUUUUUGAGUCUAUUAAUGCAAUCUCAAAGCAGUGUUGGAAUUUACUGAAAAAUACAAUAUCUGCUGUUAAUGAGGAAGAAAUGGCAGUAUUAGAGAAUCUGAUCAAUAUGAAUCAUCAUCUGCUGAAUAGCUUAGGAGCAGGUCACCCAAAACUGAAUCACAUUCAUGAUAUUGCUGAAAGUUAUCAUUGUGCAUCAAAAUUAACUGGAGCAGGGGGGGGUGGUAGUGCUAUUAUCUUACUUCCAAUUAAAAAUACAGAAGAAAAAUCUUCUAUCAUUGAUUCUUUGAAAAAAGACUUGCAAAACUGUGAUUUUGAUAUUUGGGAUAUUUUUGCUGGAACUCCUGGUGUUCAAGUUAAAUUCCAAUAGCUCAUAGAUGCUGUCUGCUAUAUUUAUUUGUUAUUGAAAGUGGUAUUAUGUAUAUUGUUUGAUAUUUUAAAACCCUUUUAUUUAUGCAUGUAUUUAUUUCUAUUUGAGUAAGUUUGAAGUAUUAAUCUCUUGAUUAUAAUUUUAAUGUACUAAAAUUGCUAAUUUAUUAUGUAAAAUAACUUAUUUAAGAUACAGUGAAAGUAGAAAGAAACUAAUGUUCAGAAAUCUGAAUGCUGUUGUCUCUGCAAAACUGUGUGUAUAUUCUGAAUUACUGGCAGAUUUUUAUAACUCUUUUUUGUUUCCUAUUUGGUGAGUUCAUAUACAGUAAAGGAAGGAUCAAGGAUUUCAAAAUUAUAAUUUUAACUAACAGUAACCCUUAAUUCCCCCUCUCUGUUCUAAAAUCGUAAUAAUAGUUUUUCUGGACUGUUUCAUUUCUAGAUUAACUGGUGCCACAGUUUGCGUAAUGCUGAUUAAUUAAUUAGUUAAAUUGGAAUCUAAAAUCAGAGACCUGAAACUUUUCUGACCUAAACCUUUCUGCCAUAUUAGAUAAAUGUGCACUUUGCUCGACCCUCUGUGCUGCUUAGAUGCAAUUUUGCUGUACUCUUUUCCCAUUGGAAUAGCAUUCAAAAAUAAAUAUUCUGGAAAUAGGCACGAUUAGAGUGCCGAGAAAAUGGUGGCCACAAAUGUCAAUUUAAAUAAAAAUGAAAUUUAAUCCGCCUCAACUGCAAAGUUUCAUAGUUAUAACAAAGCAAUCAGAAUUCUUCCUCUGAAUCAGAAUAUGAAUAUACAUUCUAAGCUAUCAAGUAUUUAUGCAGUCAGUAUUUCUGCAUUUUUAUGUCUCAGUAGUCCUCCAUCUGUAGUUAUAAAUUCGUUUUCAUUACAUAUAUAUGUAUUGGUUUAGCAAAUUUUUAAUGCUGUUUUGCUAAAAAUGGUAAAAUGAUUUCUAACAAGCAUAUAAUUUUAAAGAAUAAUAAUUAGCCCAGAAGGGCUAUUAAUUUCAUUUUGGCAUUUUGCGUUGACAACUUUAAAUAUUGGUUCAUUUUUCAAACU